AUCUACGACUACCUGCUCUUGUCAAUGAUCACCUGACAGUCUCACUCACAUGUCUGAUGGCAUUUGUUCCAAGUUUUUUUUUGAAUCUCAUAAAACGAAAUCUCGCACAAUAUCAUCGGACUUCUCACUCGCUCAAAUCCAACGGUGGAAGACAAUGUUCUAAAUUGCUCCUUAGCCGCUCGCAUCUGGCAUUCGCAGCGAUCUUGGCUUACGGCACCACAAGCCUACAACACCACAUACAAACAGCGCUACAGAGUGAAAUUCCAACAUCAUGAAAUUCAUCAUCGCCGCGCCAGCGACUUUGGCGCUGGUCUACCGCGCCUACAGCAAGAACAGCCUCACUCCGUUCGGUAUCUUCGCCGCAGCCCUCACCGCCAUCGCUCACGCAGUCCACCCCUGGAACCUCCCCUUCGUUCUGCUAGUCGUCUUCUUCCUGGCAGGAACAAGAGCCACUCACGUAAAAGAAAACAUCAAAGCAAACCUCACCCUCAAAGCAACCGGCUCCUCCCCCUCGGGCGGCGGCGAAGGGCCCCGUACCCACGUCCAGGUCUUCGCCAACUCUUUAACCGCUACAAUCCUCACCCUCCUUCACGCGUAUCAACUCCACGCAAGGAAACAAGCCCUUUUGUCCAACGCCUCCUCCCCGGACAACGGAACCCUCUGCUUCUCAUGGAAAGGCGACCUCCUAGUCAUCGGCAUAAUCGCAAACUACGCCUGCGUGGCAGCCGACACGUUCUCCUCCGAACUCGGGAUCCUGUCAAAGUCCUCUCCAAGGCUGAUCACAAGCUGGAAACUGAAAAAAGUGCCCCGAGGCACAAACGGGGGUGUCACCCUUGUAGGGUUGGGAGCGGGGUUGUUGGGAAGUAUAAUCAUCGUCACCACCUCUGUCUUGUUCCUGCCGUUUUGCACCGCCGAUUCAAAGACCUUACCCGGUGGAGGGCAGCCCUGGGAUGUCAAGGAACGGCAAGCUCUCAUUUUAGGGUUGACGGUCUCGGGUUUGCUGGGUAGUGUGAUGGAUUCUGUUCUUGGAGGCCUGUUCCAGAGGAGCGUCAAAGAUGUUAGGAGCGGGAAGAUUGUCGAGGGGGAAGGAGGGGAGAGGGUGUUGGUUGCUAGUCCGGUUGUUAUCCCUGGUCAUCAUCACAAACCUGGGCAGGAGGAGGAUGCGGGAGCGGAGAUCAAGGCUAAGCUUCUUCGUGGCGAGGGGAAGGAUGCGGUUGAGGAGACUGCGGGGUCUUCUGCUGUGGAGGAGGGGGAUCACGUUGUGGAUUUGAAGAAGAGGUAUGACCCGAAGAAUAAGCAGCGGAAGUCGAGUUUUGGGGAUGAGAGGCCUUCUCGGGAGGUGGUUACUGGGUGGGACUUGCUUGAUAAUAACGAUGUGAACUUUUUGAUGGCGUUUGGGAUGAGCUUUGGGGCAAUGGCAGUGGCGGGGUGGUAUUGGGGGGUUUCGCUUUGGACGAUUGUCCCGGGAGGAGUCGCGGUUUAGUUCUUGAUAGUCAAGACUUUGUGUUGGUUUGGAGUUCCAGCGGAUAGCGAUGAUAUAAUGGCUGGUUGGUGGGGGAGGAAUCUGAUAUACGUAUGUUUUAAUGAUGAUCAAGACCCAGGUCUUUGUGGGCUCCAAAUAUUGUCUUUAUAUGUAAAGGCUGACUGAUUCCAUCUGCCGCAAUACAGAUGUUGUGUAAAUUAGGAAGCCUGGCACAUAUUUGCCGUAGGCCAUGCUUUGGUAUAUAAUGGUAUCUAAAACUCCUGGACUCCACGCCUCUU